AAUUUAGUUUCUUUUUCCUUUUGUUUUUCGUUGUUUUGUUGUUAUUCCCGUUCGGGGGUGCGUGCUCCUGCUGUGUGUACUGCCGCCACUCCAACUAAACGGCGAACGGUGAACCCGCCCGUCGCUCUCCUCGGCCUAUACAGUCACAAUAGUGGAACAACUUUGUUGUUGUUGGUUCGGCUCCCCUUAUUGGUCCCUCCGUUCAUGGUCGCCUUCUGUCCGGACGACGACGACGACGACGACGGAGACGAAGACAACAACGACAACGACGAAGACGACGACUACAACGACGACGAACGAAGACAACAAUUGUUGCUCGCUCUGGUCUAACACAUCCUUCCUGGCGCUCCCGUACUUGAUCGCGCAUAUCCCGCGAGUGUAUGUGUGUGUGUGUGUGUGUGUGGGUGUGUGUGAUCAUUUGUGCUGCUGUGGGACGACGGGGUGGGCCCCCGAGACCGUGUAACUAGUGCUUACCCGAGGAUCGAGAUGAGGAUCAAGAAUCAGGCGGCAUCGAACGGCAGCCUGUGAGAGCCUACAAGUCUAUGCUCUCCCUCUUGCCCCUCAACCCCACGGUUACCCAAUCAACAAAGCCUGCCCAAAGCCCACAACCCGCUGCUUCAACAACGGACACGGAGACGGACCGAGACGCUGGUGCUGUUGCUGCUUAGCAAAGGAAACGAACGAAGAAAGGAAUAAGGGGUCCCCAGGCCAGGCACCCCGAUGGGCCGUUCACACAUCAUGUCAGAGAUCGUUGCCCACCGAACUAACCAGCAUUGCUAUUGGCAACCAGCGUAUUCCCGGUUAACGAUGGUACAGUAAGCUUUGCAGCAGGAGCAGGAGAAGGAGGGGAAGGUGGAGGAGGACCAGAAGGAAGAGGAAUUGGGGCAUCAUCAUCAUCAUCAUCAGAGCAUUCGAUAGGCUGCAGACGAAACAACCGGCACAGCGUCGGAACGCACGCGACGCCAGCAACAACAACAAGUGGGACAACGGCGAGAUCUAUUCCCUACCCCCCCCCCCCCCCUCCCAUCUCCAUCAUAGCAGAAACACAUCUCUAGUGGCAGUUGCCGAACAGUGACCGUUAGGUUUCAACAAUGUCGGAGACUGCAUCCAACUGUCGUACGUCGACGUCGUUUACGACGAUGCCACCAGUGCUGACGGACAGCCAGAAGGGUUCAGUGGAAGACAUCCAGAUCUCGCUGGCACCCUACAUACAGUCCUAUCUGAGCCAAACCGGACGCCGCCACUCGUGCUGCCGCGUCAUGUUGCCGGUGGCAUUCGAGCGGGCGGCACCGCGCUCGUGGUUGGAUCCCCGCUUCGAUUCACCAGUCCUCGAGGGUCAGUAUCAGGCGAGUGUGUUCCCUCAACUGCGGCUCAAGUUUCGCUUUGCGUUGUUCUACAUCCUGCUCUGCUCGCUCGUCUGGCUGCUGUACUUUCUGCUGGACGGUGGCCCCACCACCUACACCCCACUGACCGUCUCGAUCGGACUGAUCUUCGUAUUUGCGCUGCUCGGCCUCUGGGUGACGGGCACUGACAUCUAUCGGGCGUACACGAACCUGCUGUCCGGCUGCUGCGCCAUCCUGCUGUGCAUGUUCUCGCUCGCCCUGCUUCUGCUGACGCGCGAAGCCCUCAGCCCGCUCGGUCACUUUUCCAUCUGCAUCGAGAUCGUCAUGCUGGUGUACACCAUUAUUCCGCUGCCGCUGUGGCUCUGCUGCACCAUCAGCGUACUGUAUUCGGUCUGCUUCGAGGUGCUCUCGUUUCUCCAGCAGACGCGCUUCGACUACAACUCGCGCCCGGUUGGUAUGACGGGGCGCAACAGUGGAGACGCAGCAGACUUUUACUUUGGCGUCGUUGGUAGCGCUAGCGAUGGACGGCCGGGUACCGCGCCCAACGGUGAGCCGACCACUGACGGUGGCGACGACGAGACGUUUCUCUACAAAAUCAUCCUGAUCCGGGUGCUGAUACAGCUGUGCGUGCACCUGAUCGGCGUGCAGAUACUCGUCAUGACCGUGGUGCGGAUGCGUGGCACCUUCAUGAAGGUGGGCCAGAACCUGCUGGUGCGCCGUCAGCUCGAGAUGGAGAAGCAACUGAAGGAGAAGAUGAUCCACUCGAUGAUGCCACCGAAGGUGGCGGAUCUGCUGCUGAAGGAGAGCCGUGGCACCACCGGCAAGGCGGCCGGUGGUGGGUCCAGCUUCGACCAGUACUCGACGGCGGCGGCCACACCACGUCGGGCCACACCGUCCGACCUCAAGUCGCUGUUCCGACCCUUUCACAUGAACCGGAUGGAGAACGUGAGCAUCCUGUUUGCCGACAUCGUUGGUUUCACGCGCAUGUCCGCGUCCAAGACGGCCGAGCAGCUGGUGGAAAUACUGAACGAUCUGUUCGAGCGCUUCGAUGAUCUCUGCCUGGUAAACGGGUGCGAGAAGAUCUCGACGCUCGGCGAUUGCUACUAUUGCGUGUCGGGCUGCCCGGAACCUCGCCCCGAUCACGCCAUCUGCUGCGUCGAGAUGGGUCUGGGCAUGAUCGAGUCGAUACGCGUAUUCGAUGCCCAGCGUAACGAGGGCAUUAAAAUGCGGGUCGGCGUACACACCGGGACGGUAUUGUGCGGAAUUGUUGGUACCAAGCGGGUCAAGUUCGACGUCUGGAGCAAUGAUGUAACGCUGGCGAAUCGAAUGGAAUCCAGCGGAAAACCGGACCAAGUGCAUGUGUCAGAGGAAACGUGCGGAUUCCUGGGCGAUUCAUACGUCAUCGAAGAAGGAGAGGAAGUUGAUGGACAUCGGACAUACUUCGUGGUUGGCAAAAAGGUUGGCGAGGAGCCAGGCAGCUCACUGAUCGAAGAUUUACCCAGCAUUGGGUUACACGCAGAUCACCAUCACCAUCUGUUCGCUACGACCCCGCUGGACGAAGGACUGACCGGUGGCAGUGACCAUGCCGGUGGCAGCUCGUGUUUGUCGCGCAGUGCGACCAACAUUUCCUCCAUUGAACCGGCCGUUCCGCCCGCUUCUCCAGCCGGUCCCAUUUUCUUCGCUUCGUUGCAUGCAUCCCCAAUCACUAACCCACGGCCACGGCUUGCCUCACUUACCAAAAUGACCAAAUUCCUGCGUUCGGCCGUCAAAGGUGGUGAUGGAGGUCGGCAGCUGAUCGGCGAUGGCACACCACCGACUGCCAUUAACGAGCGCGAAUCGCUGGAGAAACCUCGUAUCAUCAUCAGCACCAAGUCGAUUUCGGAUGAGUUUUACACGGGUGGCGAAGAGGAACAACACCAUCACUUUGAACGGCCUACAACGGCCGUCCACGGAUCGGCCCGGGAGCUGUGCAGCGUGCAGCAGCUACAGUCCACUGGUAGCCGUUCACUUCACGAUCCUGCAACUAGCUGCUCGAUUUCAAGACUGCAGCACAAUGACGAUGACUACGACGACAACUGGCAGCCAACGGUUGGGCAGCAACUUGGUGAGUCGACGCACCACACCACCAGCACGUUUCGAUCAUGCUGGAAGGUGAGCAAUCUGCUAAAAAAGCGCCACGAACCGCUAUCGAACGCGGACAUGGAAGGUGGUUCAAGAAACUGUGAUAGUGUGAAGGGUCGAGAAGAGGAAGUGCCAUGCAUAGCUCCGCAGCUAGUAGAGUUUGGAACUGACCAGCGAACUACCCAAAAUAGUGGCGAUAAUGGGAACAACAGUCAAACGAACAUCGCUGGCCAAGGGUGCUACCAAACCGUACCGAUCCUGAUCGUUACACCACGCCCCAGCAACCAUACCCUGGCCGACGGCAGACAGCAGGGCAGUGGUGCGACCGGUAACGGUGCCUCCUGUUCCAGUGCUGCCGGUGGAGGUAGUAGUGGCGGUGACGGUUCCAUGUUCAUCGACGAGAUCAUUGAUGUCCGAUCGUAUAUAUCGCAAUCGCGAAGUGACAUCUCACCGUUCGCCCGAACCGGAAGCUAUCGCUCGCAGACAACGGAUCGGUCGUCCAUCAUUCACGAGCUGGCGCGCGGUGCUACCGGGGCACUGAUAACCGGUGGGAAUGGUGGCACUACAAGCCACGGUAGACCACGUAGCUCCACCAUCAGUGCUGCUACAGCGUCAUACGGCGAGACGGACGGUAUGGGACCGACCGGACCACCUCAGCACGCUCGCCAUGCAUCUGUGGCCGCCUGUUCGAGCGCACGGCUGCUCGGUCCCGACGGUGCUAGUCUCUCACCGUCGGCUACCUCACGCAAGGACUCGGGCAUUCGAUCGAACAGUCGACGGUCGAGCAUCCAGCACCAGAUAAUGCUGAUGAACCAGAGUGCUGCGCUUUCGAUGCAUCGCGUAUCCGGCUACUUUACCAGCUCGCAGUCGAGCCUUUCGGGUGCGAUGGUGACUGGGUCGGAACUGGAGCAAACGGGUCGACCGACUACGGGUACGGUUUCGCAUCCACCGAACGGUAGCCUGCGCGGUGGCAAUGGUACGAGCAUAGCCGCGGACGGUGGCAGCGGUACCGGAAAGUCUUGCGUUGGUCCUAGAGAACCGCAUCCGGAUCCACUGGCCGCCUGUUUGCAGCAACUGCGCAAGCAGUCCGAUCUGCAGCUUAUACGUUGCGUACGAGACAAUGCACGCUCGCAGCGCAGCUACCUCGUGAAGCCGCCUCUGCUACCCGUUUCGCUCUGCUUUAAAUCGCGGCUAAUGGAAAAGGAGUUCCGCUCGAAGGCGCACCGUUUCGGCACGGACGAGAGCAUCGGCUUUGGAGCCGGUGGUAUGGGUUGUAUUGGGCUCGGCCCCGAACUGGAAGGUACGGGGCCACCAACGCUUGCCACUCCGAAGUACAACACCUACAUCGAUCUGCUCGUCUCGUUCGCCAUCUAUCUGGCGACCUCUACCUCGCUGUUUCUGCUGUCACCGUCAGUGUACCUUGAGUCGUACAAGGUGUGGGUAUGCAUCUUUGUGCUGUUCAGUACCGUGCAGCUGUUCGCAUUGUUCAUCUGCACCAAGCAGGUGUGCCGGCGAACGCGUAAACCAUCGGUGCGCCGAUCGCGCCCUAUUACUAGCCGCAGCUGCUACGAUUGCCUGCUGCAGCUCGCCUCCCACUGGUAUCCGUGGCAUCUGUGCGGCGGUAUCCUGAUGUCGCUGCCCGUCAUCUCCAUUCUCUCGAAUUUUGCAAUGAUGGAUGUCACCAAGUUUCGGGUGUUCGAGUUCCACUACGGCUUCCUAAUGUACAUCUGCAUCGUGCACUUCUGUAACUUCACGCAGCUCAACUGGGGCAUGCGUAACUGUAUGGCGCUCGGUACGGCCGUAGCGUUCAUCGGAAUUGCCAUCGGUCACAUGGUGCAACUGUCGGCGCUCGAGAUGCAGGUUGGCGACAAUGGCUCUUCGCCGAUCGUCGCACAGAACGGUUCGCUCGGAAAUGAUGAUGGACAAGAGGCGCCAGGCCGAAUGCUACAUCAGGCGCAAUUCGAGUGGUUCAACAAUUACCGGAUCGAGAUCUACGUCGAUCUAUUUUUGCUGCUGGUGCUGGUGUGGUUUCUCAAUCGGGAGUUUGAGAUCGGUUACCGGCUGAGCUUCCACGGUAGCGCGGUGGCGAGCCAGGACAAAGUACGCGUACAGAAUAUGAAGAAUCAGGCGGAUAUGCUUCUGCAUAACAUCAUCCCGAAGCAUGUGGCGGAGCAGCUGAAAAAUACGGCCAAGUACUCGGAGAACCACCACGGCAUCGGUAUCAUCUUUGCUAGCAUCAUCAACUUCAACGAAAUGUACGACGAAUCGUAUCUCGGCGGCAAGGAGUAUCUGCGCGUGCUGAAUGAAUUGAUCGCUGACUUUGACGAGCUGCUCGCGCGGCCCGAGUUUCGGUGCGUCGAGAAGAUUAAGACCAUCGGUAGCACCUUCAUGGCGGCGUCCGGUCUGGAUCCCAGCUGUCGUGGUGAAAACUACGAGCAUCUGUACGCGCUGGUCGACUUUGCGCUCGCGAUGCAGCAGGUGGUCGAAUCGUUUAACCGCGACCUGCUAGAGUUCAAUCUGAUCAUGCGCGUUGGCUACAACUUCGGCGACGUGACGGCGGGCGUAAUUGGUACGAGCAAGCUGUACUACGACAUCUGGGGCGACGCCGUUAACGUCGCUAGCCGGAUGGACUCGACUGGGGUAGCAGGUCGGAUACAGGUGGGCAGCGACUGUGUGCCGGUGCUGAGCGAACGCUACGACUUCGAACCACGCGGUAAGGUCUACGUCAAAGGUAAGGACCAUAUGGAAGUGUACCUGCUGGUUAGAAAGAAACCGGACCUAUUGGGACCACCGGAACUAGAUAUAGAUCCCCUUUAAACUAUGUUCGACUAUUACGCGGCGGGCGCAGCGCACAGGAGCUAGGAGUGUCGCAAAAGCGGCCAGCACCUCUACCACGGUUGACGCACGCCGUUCAGCUUUCGGGCCGAUGGUGCGAAGGAGCCGAUGUUCAUGCUACAUGUUAUAGCGCGAAACGCAUACCUAUUACGCUCUACCCUUGCGUGCCCGCAGAGUGGUUUGCCGCACCGUACUUGAAGUCGGAAGUCGGAGCUACCCGACCCCUAACCUGAACCAACCGGUUAGGCUUUCCCCAUCUUGUUGCCAUUUUCCUCUGUCUUUUUACUCCUCGAUCAAUAGUCGCAAAGCGCCGAAAUGUAAGGCCCACUAGCACACUAUAGGGCUAUGCAAAGGUAUCUAAGAUGGCCUCGUUGGCUUUUGGCGGCUAGCACAAACUAGUAAUCAAACAUAAAAACACGCGCACGCACACACCCAUUGGUUAGGAAACAAGUAGAGCUGGAAGUACUACAUGCAAGGAACUAAGUAUGUGCCUUCUCUUUUAGAACAAAAAAAAAACAAACUAUUUAUAUUCUACAUACACUCCUCGGAAGCGAAUGUGCAAGCAACGGAAACAAGGCUGACUGUUAGUUUGGAUUUCAAACGGUUUACGAUUGAUGCACUGCAUCCCACCCACCCCACCAAUUGAUCCUUUUUCGCUCUCGUUCUAUCUCUCUCUUUCUCUCUCUCUUUCUCUCUCUCUCUUUCUCUCACUCUUACUCUUUCUUUUUCUUUCUUUCGCUCUCCUUUUUCUUUCUUUCUCUCUCACACACACAACGCAAACGCAAACCUUAGACGUAUGUUAGCAAUUACACAAAGAGUCAGCAAUGAGGAUGAAAACCGAAUAGGAUUUCUCCACUGUCGCUCGUAGUGGUUAAUGUGUAUGUAAUGGCAUUACAAAUAUCCUCGACCACCAACACGCUCCUCCAUGUACCGAAUUAGUCUUAUUUCCUCUUGCCAACGGUUACUAUUUAGCUAAGCUGUGCUGUGUAUGUGUGCGCGUAUCUGUAUGUAUAUCUGUGAGUUUAUAUGUGUGUGUGCGCGUGUAUGGCGGGUAGUGAGUGGGCGUGCGAUUGAUUAUCCUUGCGCGAGGCCACCUGACUCUUCCGGACCGAGCCAUGAGAUCGCUAAAGCCUCCAACGCAUUCGGCGAACGCGUCUGUGCAAGUAGGUCUGACGCAUCCCCGCCGGGGGCCCGAUGCGCAAUGUAACGAUGUAUUCGUAAAACCACGUGCCAAUCGCAAAUCAUUUCGCUUUAACAUUAACAAGAAUGAGAAACUAUCAAAUUUAAUGUACCGUACUGUUUUUCGUGGAAACUCGUUACUAUGUGCAAUCCGUUACGGCAUUCAUAGAUUUUAUAUAGCAAACUUAUAUAGUCGUAAUGAGAGCAGCGAAGAAAGCGAAAGAGAGCAAGAGAGAGAGAAAGAAAGAGGAAGGGAAGUAAGGGGAUAGUUUAUGCUAUAUUACAUAUACCUCUGAAUGUCCUUUUAUCUCGCUCUCCCUCUCGCUUUCUCUUUCUCUCUUUCUGUAUCGCCCAAUUGAUAAUAUGCAAACAUGUAUAGCAUAUCUAUAUGCACUGUAGACACAUUCAUAGACAUGUCAAAACUCAGAUAUCAAUCGUUUUUAAUCAAUUCUUGCCAAAAUUAUGAUAAGUCUUACAAACACAAACAACACGGUAACCAACAAGCUUUAAGGCCACCGAAUUCGCCGAGGCGGCGGGGUGGAGGGUUCGUUUACAUCACCCGGGCCAUUAACUCGCCACGGAUAUUAAAAUCUAGUGGGCUGCAGGAGGAGUGGGAGCCAGGGAGCAUAAGAUAUUAGUUUUGUUUUUCAUUUCUGUUGUUUUUAAUUUAGAAUACUCUUGCAAAAUGCCCGCGACUGUAGUUCAGUGCCGAUACUCGUGAAACUCGAACAAAGUACUUGUAAUAGCAGAGACAACCCAGACCGUGGCCGAACUUUUAUAAACAAAAAAACAAACACAAAAAAAGGCCCAAGGACCCUUUCGCUUCCACAAACGGCGUCGGUACUAGCAAAUGGCUUCCCCCCUCUUUUUCGCGCUUUAUUUAUAUUUUGUAAAGAAUUCGUUUGUGUUGUUUUAAGUGGUUAAAGUGGUUUUUACUAGUGAGCGGCGGGUUGAUCGUUGAGUGGCGGGAGCCCUGUCCGGUACUCGAGCAGGAUUGGAUGUUUUUAGGUAACAGUCGAAUGAAUUGACGAUCGGCGCCAGGAAGCGUAUGCAGGCGGAAAACAUAUUAUAUUUAUAAGAAAGGAAGUGCUAGCUGUGAUCGUGGGGUCUGUAGAUGUGAGGAUGUGGGCACGAGCCGGUGAAGCGCGUUUGACGCGCUGUCUCUUUCUCUCCCUCUCCUCUCCCUGCCUCUGCCUCUCUCGUCUAGGCGCACGGCGGACGAUAACGUAUAUAGCAAUCUUUUUAUCCAUUCCCUCACAUAUUUUUAUCGGAUAUUUAUAGCACACAUAACACAACGCCCACCACUGAUGCGCCUCCGUGUGCCUCAGCGGCUCAUCCUCCUACUACUUUUAGCUAGCUCCUCGCAUCCUGUUAAACCCGUGGCCACACCGUGGCGGACGUUGCCGCCGUUUUGUUUUUUUUUUUAUUGUUUUAUUCGCAAUACGGCUACGCAGCCUCUGUUCGAUCACACAAGAAAUCUCAAGAAUAAAAGCAAAAGAUAAGAAACAAAGUUUUGCGAAACGCCUGGACAUCGAGGAUCGCGAAGCUUUAGGGCGCUAGUUUUUGUCACGGUACAGUAUUGUAUUGCUCUGCUGUCUCUCCUCCAGUUGUUUCGACAAGUCGUCUCUGAAAGCGCACAAGAAAGCGAAAACUACUGCACACGACCGAUACGCGUUGCGUGCGAUCCGGGGAUGAAUUCCGGUCUGAUUCUGUCUUUAAGGACCUUUGGCCACCCGGUGUUUCUUUUGUGUUUUUCUUCUUAGUUUAUCCAUUAAGAGACUUACCGAGUGUUGUUACUACUGAGUUGAGAGACGGUCGAGCAGGAAGCCAGGCGAAAGGGCCUAGCUCUCGUCAGAUUUAAAAACAAACGAAUGCCAAUGCGCAGUGUAUGUUAACUAUGUUACUGUGUGCGAAACGAACAGUGUUUGUUAACUAAUGUGACACUGUACUGCUAUCACUAUCUGUCACUAUUGCGUCUGCUGGCAGAAGACUUUCGAGCCGGCGUUAACCAGUGCUUGGGGCUCUUUGGGGGAGCAAAUAAUGGUAAAUUUGUUGUGCAACACGGGAAGAUGUAUUUUAACCAUUUUAUGGACGGUUGCGAGCGAUCAGGCCGGAAGAUGGGUGGAGUGGGUGGGUGCGGGGGAGAGAGGGAUAGCAGCUCCCAGAAACCCAUACACACAGCAGUUUGCCCGGAUGCCACUUUCCUCCACACAAUUCAUUUCGCUUAUCACUCGCGCCCGCUCUUUAGGCAAAACAUAUUGUAUUAUACAACCCCGCCCCGGGGAGGAGGGGUGGCAAAGGGCACACACAAGGAGCUGGAUGGAGCAGCUUUUCAUAAUUUCGAGCAAAGCAAAAAUAAUGAUACAAGUACAGAUUAACACAAAACAAAGAAAACCAACUCACACGGAGCAUUGGCGAGAAAUGGACGGGCGGAGGGACGGACGUGAGUCAUUAAAAUACAAAUAAAAUGCGCAUGGAAACCAUUCAAACCGAACCGCGUUAUCACUAUCCAUACGUUUUUCAUACGUUUCCCGGGGGCAGGUAGCAGCCCCAGCCGCUUUUAUCCCAAUUUUCCGAACUCGAAUUUGAAACAACAGUUUUCUUUCAUCAGAUCCGUUGGUCGGCAUCACGACAUCGCCAUCUUUUCCCCGCUUUCCCAGGCACCCAGUUGAUGAUGUGUCGUGAUCGUGAUUCACAA